CCAGGGCACCGCCCCUGCCCGGCACCGGAAGUGAGGGCAGCGCGUGCGCGCUGCACGGGCAGUUGCCGGCGGCUGCUGCGGGGAUGUCGGCCACGUGCGCCGUGUCCCGUAAAGCACAGCCGCCGCCGCCAGCGCCGCCGGGUGAGAGGGAUCCGCCGGCUAAAGCGAUGCGCAGGGGCCUGCGGCAGGGCCAUGAGGAGGAGCGGGAGCAGCUGCCGUGGCCGGGAGAGAGCGCCAGUGGCGGGAGCGGCGGACCCGACGUGGAGCAGGCGGCCUCCCUGAGCGACGAGCGGCGGAGGCGGCAGCCGCAGGAGCCGAGGGCGUUGGCGGCCGCUGCCACGGCAGCUAGGGUGGAGGAGGAGGAACGGCUGGAGCGGGAGCACUUCCGGAGGAUCAUCAAUGCCUUCCGAUACUACGGAACGAAUAUGCAUGAACGAGUGAACAGAACAGAGAGGCAGUUUAAAUCUCUCCCAGCUAAGCAACAGAGUCUUCUUCCCCAAUUCCUUCCUCACCUUGACAAGAUUCGGAAGUGCAUUGAUCAUAAUCAAGAGAUCCUGCAGACCAUUGUGAAUGACUGCGUUCAUAUGUUUGAAAAUAAAGAAUAUGGAGAAGAUGGAAGAGGAAAGAUUACACCAGCUUCAACAUUUGACAUGGAUAAAUUAAAAUCCACUUUGAAACAAUUUGUGAGAGACUGGAGUGAAGAAGGAAGGCCUGAGAGAGAGUCCUGCUACCAGCCAAUCAUUAGUGAAAUUGUAAAGAACUUUCCAAAAGAAAGAUGGGAUUUCUCCAAAGUUAAUAUCCUGGUACCUGGUGCUGGGCUAGGUAGAUUGGCGUGGGAAAUAGCUAUGCUCGGGUAUGCUUGCCAAGGAAAUGAAUGGAGCCUCUUUAUGCUCUUUUCUUCUAACUUUGUACUCAACAGAUGCUCUAAAGUUAAUUCAUGUAAGCUCUAUCCCUGGAUUCAUCAGUUUAGCAAUAACAGAAAAUCUGCUGAUCAAAUACGUCCAAUUUAUUUCCCUGACGUUGAUCCUCACAGUCUUCCUUCUGGUUCAAACUUCUCUAUGACAGCAGGAGAUUUUCAAGAAAUAUAUUCUGAGUGCAAUACAUGGGACUGCAUAGCAACUUGCUUUUUUAUAGAUACAGCACAUAAUGUUAUUGAUUACAUUGAUACUAUAUGGAAAAUACUGAAGCCUGGAGGAAUAUGGAUAAAUGUAGGUCCUCUCCUUUACCAUUUUGAAAACUUGGGAAAUGAACUUUCAAUAGAAUUAAGCUAUGAGGACAUAAAAAAUGUUAUACUGCAGUAUGGAUUCCAUAUAGAGGUGGAGAAAGAAUCUGUACUGUCAACAUACACUGUGAAUGAACUCUCCAUGAUGAAAUACUACUAUGAAUGUGUGUUGUUUGUGGUGAGAAAACCAGAAUAAAAGUGGUCUGUAUAGGUUAAUCACAAAACGUUACUGGCUUGAAAGCUAGAAAUAAGAAUAAAAUGGACUGGGUGAUGUCUGGACACAACCUCAAAUCAGUGGUGCCUUCUUACUCCUUGUAGGAUUUAGAUAGUGUCUAUUUUCUUAAUAUCUCUAUUGGUAUCUGGACAUGUACUAUGCCAUGCAUAUUUGUAAUAUACUUGCGGAAAUAGAGGAAAUGUUCACAAGAUGCAUCAAGAAUAAAAAGCAAAACAAAGUUUUCCUGAGAAUAAAAUGUUUGCCAUAACUAGGCUAAUUCCUUGCAUAUGCUUCAUUACUUUUCAUAAAUUUUAAAAGAUUUUCUACUUCCUGAUGUUAGGAAUGCAUAGACGUACUUACUGUACUAGCUGUAUGACUUUUAGAUAAGUGUUUCUAAACAUACACUUAAUUGUGAAGUCUGAAAUGGUUGGAAAGUGAUCUAAUUGUUCCUGACAGACAAAACAGCUAUCAGAACUAUUAAGAGUAUUUUCUGUGGAACCAAAGCAAAGUAGAUUAUUACACAAAUUCUAAUAUUUGACUGUAUCACUGUUACCAAUUUAAUCAAAACAAAGAACCUAUAGGCAAAUUGAAUACUAUGUGAAAGCAGUGUUUAGUGAAGAAAAAGCAGCAUGUCACAAAGAAGCAGUAUGUUAACCUCUGUUCAGGACUAACACCAAUUUUUAUUAAUCUCUUAGAGUUGAAACUGAAAUAUAUUAGAUGUUUUGCCAUCUUAAAAUACAUUGAGUUCACUCGUUUACUGCUUAAGCCAAAACAGUGAAGCAGUAUUUUUGGUUAUACAUAACUGAUAGAGCUCUUUUCUGUCUUUCAAAGCUGGUAACAUAGCUGAGUUAUCCAUGCUACAUGUAGGUAGUGCAAUGCAAAAAACAUCCUGUUCUUGUGGGGAAUUGGUGUAGGGGGGAUAAUACAUGUAAAUAGUAGGUGAUGUAAUGUCAUCAUUUCUACCUGAAUCAGUAUAUCCAGGGCAAUUGGUAGAAUAUUUCCUUGUGAUUUCAUGCACUUUACCAUUGUGACUUAGUGACUUCUUGGUUCUCUAUCAUAAUGUUUUUGGGGUUUUUUUGUUUGUUUUUUUUCCCUAGUAGAUGUAGCAUAGGUGAAUAUUUAAUCUACAAAUCAUGACACUGUACAAGAGGCAUAAUCUCUUGUGACUUUGAAGUACCUGAGAAGACAAUAAUCACUGUGCUGAGAGAUGUUGUCACAGCCAUUUCACUUCUAAAAUGUAUUUGUUACAUUUGUACCGUUUAAAUCAGUUUAAUUUUUUUUUCUUAAAAAUAUAAAACCAGUAUGAUACAGAAUCAAGGGUUUUCAUAACUGGUCAUAGUGGCACUGGACAGCAGCUUGUUUGGCAAACAAGUAAUAGGAAAUGAUGACACAAAGAUGUGUGGCAGACUCAUUUGAAGGAUAAGAUGCCAUCUAAAGGGGCUUAGACAGGCUUCAAAAAAGGGUCAGUGCAAACUGCAUGAGAUUCAACACGUCAAGUGCAAGGUCCUGCACCUGGGCUGGGCCAAUCCCAGGCACAGAUAUAAACUGAGUAGAGAGUGGGUUGACAGCAGUCCUGUAGAGAAGGACUUAGAAGUGUUGAUAGAUGAGAAGUGCAACAUGAGCCAACUGGCGGUGUGCUCAACUGGCCAACUGUAUCCUGGGACACAUCAGGGGGAGUGUGGCCAGAAGAUCAAGAGAGAUAAUUCUCCCUCUUUACUCUGCUUUUAUGAGACCCCUAUCUCAAAUGCUGGUGUCCACACAGGAAGGACAUAGAUCUGUUGGAACAAGUUCAGAGGAAGACACAAAGAUGAUCCAGGGCGUGAAACACCUCUACUACGAGGAUAGGCAAAGGGAACUGGAAUUGUUAAGCCUGGAAAACAGAAGACUCCUGGGGGACCCUAUAACUGCCUUCCAAUACCUGAAGGGAAUCUACAGGAAGAGUUGAGGGGGACGUUUUUAGAAGAGUGUCCACUAGUAACACGCAGGGAAAUGGAUUUCAAUUGAAGGAGAAUAGGUUUAGUUUGGAUCUUGGAAAGAAACCCUUCACUAUGAGGGUGGCAAAACUCUGCAAUGGAUUGUCCAGGGAGGUUGUGGAUGUCCCCCCAUGAAGAUUUUCAAAGCCAGGUUGGAUGGAGCCUUAAGUAACUAGUUUAGUUGAGAGGCAUCCCUGCCCAUAGCAGGGAGGUUUGAUUAAAUGAUCUCUAAGGUCUAUUCCAGCCUAGGCCAUUCACCUGAAUCAGGGAGACUUCCUAUUUGUUUUUCUUAGAGUUAGAAACUUUCCCAGUAGCUAAGAAAGAUUAGCCUCUAGAUUUCUAGACAUAAAGACUGAUGCCUUGAGCUGGCUAGAGUGAACAUAAGACACAGUGGCAGAGAACAAAGAAACUAUGAUAAAAAUUCACAUACUGAGCUGACCAGAACAUCAACAAGAGGAAGGUCAGAAAGUGACAAAAGAGACCAGGAAAUAAAAGGACUUUAUAUUAAAUAAUUCAUGCAUAGGUAAAAAAAUUCCCUGAAAUUAAAUGAACAUGUACUACUGUAAGUGUAUAUAAAGCAUGUGGGGAGUAUCUUUGGUUAUGUGGACUGGAAAGGUUACCCCUUUGCAACGUGCCAUGAGUAAAGGCAAUACCUGCCCUAACAGCUGUCAGCUGUCAGGUUUCAAUUGAUCUUCCCAUGUCACUAUGAUUCUGUUGUAUUUCCUGUCCCCUUCUUUCAUGGUGAUGUAUCAGUCACAUCUCUAGCAGACCUGUUGCUGGUUUUUGGUUGGGUUUUUUUUAUUUGGUUUGGGGGUUUUUGUUUGUUUGUUUGUUUUCCCAAAUGGUUUCAACACUGUAAGAGAGCACACAACUGAUUAUAUUUCAGUACUGUGUCCCUCUCUGCUCAGAAUCCUUAUAUAGAAUAAAAACUGCUGGUCUACAGAAGAUUUAAAUUAAAGCUUUGUUUAAACUAGACUUACUUGAACUGUCAUCUUCCUAAAUGUGCACCAUGAAGAUUUAGCUCUGUAAAUGAGCUGUCAAAGUCUAACCUACUCCAAGAAAAUCAUGUUCAAAGCUGUAAAACUGCCGUUACAAGCAGCAAACUAAAAGUCCCUGCACACCUAAAGAAAAAGAAAAAAACUUGCUUUGAUCAUCAUACUAUUUAUUUUUGAGGAAUUUUAUUAUUCUUUGCUUUAACAGUUUUAUUUUCCUUAGAGCACACGUUAUGAUUAUUUUACUUGAUUUUCAAGAUCCUUGAAAUAAGAUAAGUUUAGGUAAAUAUCCAUUGUGCUGUUGUUGAGUAGUAUAUGUCUGUGUAGUCGUGCCCAGUUUCUGCCUUCCCACCCAGUCUGCAGUUACACUUGAAAAGAGUUGUUGUUUUUUCACAAAUAGGCAGUAGGGCUCUUGCUUUCUGAUUGAAUGUCAGUAUCCUGGAGAGGGUCCAGUGGACAGCUCAGAGGAUGAUUAGGGGACUGGAAGGCAUGCCCUAUGAGGAAGAGUCUGAGGGGCCUGGGACUUUUUAGUCUGGAGAAGACUGUGAGGGGACUUAAUAAAUGUUUAUGAACAUCUGAGGGCUGGUGGGGCUGGGUGGGACAGGCUCUUCUCACUUGCUCCCUGUGACAGGACAAGGAUCAAUGAGUGUAAGUUGCAGCACAAGAGAGGUUCCACCUCAACACCAGGGGGAACUUCUUGACUGUAAGCGUCACAGAGCACUGGAGCAGGCUCCCCAGAGAGGCUGUGGAGUCUCCUUUUCAGGCAACUUUCAAGGCCUGUCUGGAUGAGUGCCCCUCUGAUCUGUGCUAGAUGUGUAGUCCUGCGCUGGCAGGGGGUUGGACUCUGAUUGCCUUGGGUCCCUUCCAAUCCCUAAUAUCCUGUGAUCCUGUGAUCUUUUUGUUCUGGUGGUAUUGUUCUUUGCCACCCCGUGUUGUGCCAUUUUUUGGUGUUGUUUUUAGGAAAUACUAUUUAGUUAUGCCAGGUAUGUAGUGAGGUAACUUCAAUUUCUGAUCUAGAAAAUGCCAUUUUCCACAUUGUUUUUCUUUUAAAUUAUAACAGCUGCAUUAAGGGUUGUAAACAGAAGAAUCUUGUGAAUAAAGUGUACAAAUUAGUAAUUUUUAACUUGCAGUACUAUUGAUGAGCUUUUAAAAUGCAUCACAUGUGUUUUUAUGCACAGGGGAUAAUUGUGUAUUACUGAAUGUGAUCACAUUCUUUUACUCAGUUGUACACAGGGGGGAAAAUGUGUAAGGCUAUUAUCAGCUGAAGCCGGGGCACUAUUAAACCGUACAUGGCAUUGGAUGUAAAAUAAAAUGCUGCAUAAGCUUCGAUGUAAUGCUCUCUAUAAUGGAGUAAGUUUGGCAAUGUAAAGCGUCCUGUAUUUUCAGUUGUAUGUUAAUACACUCUGAAGUGUCACGUCUCGCUGAACUUUCUGCUAUUUUCUGUGUGUAACAGACUGCAAUUUUCUCUGCUAUUAAAGUUUGCAGGAUGACA